AUGGCCCCUCCCACAUUUGCUGAUUUGGGGAAAUCCGCGAAGGAUCUGUUCAACAAAGGAUACAAUCACGGCUUCGUCAAAGUCGAUACCACUACUAAAGCUGGUGAAAAUAAGGAAGUAGAGUUCAAAACAUCUGCUGCGCAUAAUCUGGGCUCUGGAAAACUUGGAGGAAACCUCGAUGUGAAGUAUAAGAUUCCCUCAUAUGGUUAG